UCGCGCCGUUUGUCUGUUUAGUACGACAUUUUAACGGCGAUUUCUUUCGACAGAAUGUCGUGGUUCGGUGUGUCCUACAUGUGCACUCUUGUGGCAUUGAUCUGGCAGGUCGGGGUGCUGGCAGCGCCCGCCGACAACCACAAUCCCAAGUCGCAGGUAGCGUACAUCAGUAGCCAGUCAAUUGGUACCCCCAACGCAUAUCCGAAUAUUGUGCCCAUCACUCGGCCCCCUCUCGUGAGUCAAACAGCUCCGCCGCCACCUUUCAACUCGAAGAACUUUGCAUAUAAUCCGAAAACGCAAACAUGGACCCUUAUAGCCCCUGGCGAUCCCCAACCAAAUGACGAGACGCUUGUUUGGAAUCAGGCCAAUGACAAAUGGCUGACCAGCUCUCGCUAGGCGUUCAACAUUCAAGCAAUCAGGAGUGGUGCACUCAUAACCUAACUAUUUCUGUUCUUUAAUGGUAUAUCAAAGUAAAACUGGAAACAUUUCUUUAGACA